CCAGUUUGGAGUCCCUCUGGCCAGAAACCAGCUGAUACAGAAGAAGAUGGCAGACAUGCUGACAGAGAUUACAAUCGGCCUGCAGUCCUGUUUACAGCUGGGCAGACUCAUUGACCAAAACAAAUACACACCAGAGAUGAUCUCCAUGCUGAAACGAAACUCGUGUGGGAAAGCCCUGGACAUCGCCAGGCAGGCCAGAGACAUGCUGGGAGGAAACGGCAUAGCAGACGAAUACCACAUCAUACGCCAUGUCUUGAACCUAGAGGCCGUCAACACAUAUGAAGGCACUCAUGACAUCCAUGCUUUGAUCUUGGGCAGAGCCAUCACUGGACUCCAGUCUUUUACUGUUGGAAAAUAAACCCAUAUUUCUCACUGAACAAGGUUGUAAUGGGAAAUAUUUACUCAACAUCCAUCCAUAAGUGCCUCUGUGUGCUCUCAAAUCUUUCGUUUUAGUAAAUGGGUCCAAACUCACUUAAAUCUGUACGUACAAAUCAUCAACGGGAUCUUCUCUCUAGGGUACUGGAUUGACAUGAAUUAAAAUGUCACGAUAAAAAGCCAGUUGCAUUAUGAGAAACAGUGAAUGAUCUUGUGGUAAAGUUAAUUAUUGAAAGUCACUGAUCCACAUUAUUCACUGGUACAAUGAUCAUAAGAACUUAAUAAUGAAAGAGUGGUUUCAAAAUACUGUUGAAAACAGGUUUUUAGUCAAGGAUGCCAGACAUCCUGCUUGCACUUUAGACUCGCUGAUCAUUGUCAAUGACUCUUGUAAGUUUUGUUGUAUUUAUUGAGUCCUGAAAAUAAAUCAAAUAUCAGUAUCUUGUGAUUCUAUGCAUUCAUUCUGAAUAAAAUCUAAUUUGUUUGUUUUA